AUGGAAUCAGAAAAAAUAUUGGUGGCUGCUGGGCUCACUGCAGCUGCAGUAGUUGGAGCAUUUGUAUUCUGGGGCCCUUCACCUGCCUCAGGUGGAGGCAGAGGCAGACUGGCUGGUCUUGUGAAUCUUGGAAAAACUUGUUUUCUGAACGCCAUUCUUCACGCUCUAGCAGCUUGUCCCAGCUUCAUUACCUGGCUUGAAAAAGAUAAAUAUAUCAAAGAAACUAGCCUGAGAAGCACCUUAGCCACAGUAUUGUCAGUUGUGAAUGGGACAAAUAAAUCAGUGCAGGAAACAUAUGCACCAGCUGCUGUUAUCAAUGCUCUCAAACGAUUAGGUUGGGUAAUUCCUGCUGGUGAACAAGAUGCUCAUGAGCUGUUGAAUGUCAUUCUCACUACUCUUGAUGAAGAAUCCCAAAAAAUAGGCAGAAAGGCCGGCUGCCUGUCGGACGCCCUGGGCAUGAACGAGCUGGACCUGCUCCAGCAGUCGCCCGAGCCCGAAGACGCGGGCGACUUCGACUCGCUGGGCAGCGCGAUGUCCUUGAACGAGCUGUGCCGCCCGUCGGGCCUCAGCUGGCGCGGCGGCGCGAUCCGGCGCAACAGGUGGAUCUCGCGGUCGUGCCGCGCGCUGCAGAUGAGCGGCCCGCCGCCCCAGCCGGCCGCCCACCCGUUCACGGGCAGCCUGACCAGCCAGCUGCGGUGUGCAGAGUGCGGGUUCAGGUCUGCAGUUCGAUAUGAUAAAUUCGAAAGUCUCUCUUUGGCUUUACCGAGUGGAGCCGGCGAUUUGGGAUGGGGAAGACAUAAACUGCACCAGCUGCUCACCAACUUCGUAACUCCAGAAGUGGUAUUAGACGUCCAGUGUGAAGGGUGCAACAAAGGCAGAGAUCCUGCCAAACCUGUCAUCCUGUCCAAGCAGAUCAAAAUUCUCAAUUUCGGAAAGUUACCUCUUUGUUUGUGCAUUCAUAUUUCCCGAAAUACCUGGCAACCUGGUGGUAUGACCAAAAGACAAGACUAUGUACAGUUCCCGAUGAGGCUUUCCAUGUCUGCCUAUACGUUCAUCCAAGUUCACUAUCAACGAAAAUUACCCAACUCGAAUUAUACUAGCACCAGCGAAGGUGGCAGCCCUUUGUCCAGCAGCACCCCGCUCUAUUGGGCCGGCAGUUCUCUCAGCGAUAUGGCGAACGAGUUUCGGAACGUGUACCAGUUGGCGGCUGUCGUGGUGCACGCAGGAGAUGCACAUUCUGGGCACUUUGUUACUUACAGGAGAGGUCAUCAACACAGCAGGUGGUAUUACACUUCUGAUAUUGAGAUCAGGGAGGUUGGAGUAGAUGAGGUAUUGCAGAGUACAGCGUAUUUACUUUUCUAUGAAAAGACUUCUACGAUGGGUAGUGUAUUUUAA